AUGGCAAGUACCUUGUUCACUGAGUUGAUCCCGAGUUUGCCUCAAGAGCUUGGGCUUGAGUGCAUGACUCGGUUGGCUUACACAGCUCACCGAGUUGCAUCCCAAGUUUGCAAGCAGUGGCGUGAAUUGCUCGAAAGCAAGGAAUUUUAUUACCAUAGAAAGAAACUUGGGUACACCCAGAAGGUUGCUUGUCUUGUUCAAGCUGUUCAUGGGGCUGAUGUUUUACAAGGAUCAAAACGAGGUAACUCGCCGAGUUUUGGGAUCACUGUGUUUGACUCAGUGAAUAAGACAUGGGAGAGGCUUGAUCCGGUACCCAGGUACCCAAACGGGUUGCCUCUGUUUUGUCAAUUGGCAAGCUGUGAAGGGAAGCUCGUGGUCAUGGGCGGGUGGGACCCGGUGAGUUACGAACAGGUUAGCCAUGUUUUUGUGUAUGAUUUUACAACAAGGAAGUGGAGAGAAGGGAAGGAGAUGCCUUCAAAGAGGUCUUUUUUUGCCAUUGGGGCAUAUUCUGGUCGGGUAUACGCUGUGGGUGGGCAUGAUGAGAAUAAGAACGCAUUGAAAACCGGGUGGGUUUAUGAUUUGAGCAAGGACGAGUGGACUGAGUUGCCUCAGAUGAGUCAAGAGCGAGAUGAGUGUGAGGGGGUGGUGAUUGGGGAUGAGUUCUGGGUGGUCAGUGGCUACGGGACUGAUAACCAAGGGGACUUCGAAGGAAGUGCCGAGGUUUACGAAUUCGGGUCGAGCCAAUGGAAGCGGGUCAAGGAGGCGUGGAUUUCGGGCCGGUGUCCGAGAUGCUCUGUUGGGGUAGGGAAAGAUGGGAAAUUAAUGAGCUGGGCUGACUUGGACCCGGCGGUUCGGAUCGCGGUACGCGGGAUCAUGUUGGGUUCCCGGAUCAUGGUUGCCGGGUCGGAUAACCCGGGUGCACCCCAAGGGUUCUAUUUGACUGAGGAAAGGAAAGAUGGUGGUCAAAAUGGCAAAUUGGAGAAGAUCAAUGUGCCUGAAGAGUUCUCCGGGUUUGUCCAAUCCGGCUGCUGCGUGGAGAUCUAA